GUCAUGAGCCCCGGGCUCCAAGCGAGGGCCCAGCCGGGGAUGCGUGGCUCCCGAGACUCAGAUUGGCAAUUCGGCACGACCGUGGGCGACCGUCUCGCCGCGGCCAACCUUUUCCGGCCAGGAUCGCCCGCCUCCAACCUUCGAAGAUACGCGCCACGAUUUUGGAGAUUUGGAGUCACCGUCCGACGCAAUGGACGGGUGCAAGUAUAUCUAAGGCCAUGGACGGCACCAGAUGACCGUUCAUUCUCGACAACAGUGCUCUUGCAACUAAUUGCGAUCAUAGACUCCGACUCUUCUGCCCAGGUAUCGUUGGAAAUAUCACAGAGAAUGUCUCACAACGGCGUUGAAGGCUACGGUGCAGCCGUACGAGCGUUCAACCCCGGAAAGAUGCAGUAUCGAUUCUUGGGGCGUACUGGCCUCAAGGUCUCGGCCUUGUCGUUCGGAUCGUGGGUGACAGUCGGGGGCCAAGUCGGCCAGGAGACUAGCAAGCAGUGCAUGUUGGAGGCCUUCAACCACGGCGUCAAUUACUUCGACACAGCCGAGGUCUACGCGUCGGGGGAGUGCGAGAAGGUCUUCGGCCAGGCCCUUCGCGACCUCGGCUUCAAGCGCAGCGACAUAGUGGUCUCGACUAAGCUCUUCUGGGGCGGGGCCGGACCCAACGACACGGGCCUCUCGAAGAAGCACGUCUUCGAGGGCAUGAACGCGUCGCUCAGCCGCCUCGGCCUGGAUUAUGUCGACAUUGUCAUGGCUCAUAGGCCCGACCCUUUGACGCCGAUGGAGGAGAUCGUCCGGGCCUUCACCGAGAUUGUUCAGUCCGGCAAGGCCCUGUACUGGGGCACGUCCGAGUGGAAGGCCCACGACAUUGAGCGGGCGCACCACAUGGCUGCCAUCCACCACCUCAUCGCGCCGGUCUGCGACCAGCCCCAGUACAACGCAUUCUGGAGAGACCGGGUCGAGGAUGAGCUGCGGCCGAUCCUACGCAACUAUGGCUACGGCCUGACCAUCUGGUCCCCGCUGGACAACGGCAUUUUGACGGGCAAAUACAACGAUGGCAUUCCCGAGGGAUCGCGGCUGACCGGGGCCGACGCGGCGUCGUCAGAUAAACAGAACAUGAUCAAUUUCGGCAAGGCCUUGUCAACGCCGGCCGGAAAGACCAAGCUCGCAAAGGUCCGCGAGCUCGGCGCCGUGGCCAAGGAGCUCGGCUGCACGACGGCCCAGCUCGCCCUUGCCUGGUGCCUGUCUAACGAGCAGGUCAGCACCGUCAUCACGGGCGCUAGCCGUCCGGAGCAGGUGAAAGAAAACAUGAAGGCAUUGGAUGUAUAUGACCAGCUCAAGAGCAACCCGGCCCUGCAGUCGAGGAUCGAGAAGGUGCUCGACAACAAGCCGGCCAGCGAGGAACUCUUCAAUAGAUGGGCCUAGGACGACACUCGGCCAUGUAUCUAGAUAGAAAUGCAGUACCUAUAGGGAGAAACU